GUUUAGAUUAAGUAAAUAUACGGAGUAUCAAAAUCCUCCGGAUUGUUGUAGUCGAGAAUUCGGAUUUACCACGAUGAAGAGCGAGUACGCCCACGACAGUAGCUACUAUGGAUCUGCAAAUCGGGUCAUAUGAUUGCUAUUGCUAUCGAUCUUCACGCAGCGUGCGCGGUUGGCUUCACGUUUCGUUAGAUUUGACUUGCGACUUGCUUCACUUGCUUGAUUUCGUGUCGAUUUCGACUUCUGCUCAUCGCGGCUCUGGAGCAGGCACGACAUAUAACUGUACUAGUCGUAUCGUGCAGAUCGUGCCUGUCCCGCUCCUAAAACGUCGGGCGUCCGCGAGUGAUUCAUGUGAUUGCUUCCUGCUGUUGUCAGCACUGUUGAUUCAUACACAAUAUACACAAUCAUGGUUGACCGACUUGUCAACAGCGAAGCGAAUGCCAGAAGAAUUGCAAUGGUGGAGAAUUGCUUUGGUAGUUCUGGUCAGCCUCUAGCCGUUUCUGGAAGAGUGUUGGUAGGCGAGGGUGUUUUGACAAAAAUGUGCAGGAAAAAGCCAAAAGCUCGUCAAUUUUUCCUAUUUAAUGAUAUUUUAGUGUAUGGUAACAUAGUGAUGAACAAGAAAAAAUACAAUAAACAACACAUAAUUCCACUAGAGCAAGUUAAACUUGAAUCUUUGGCUGAUGAUGGCCAGAACAAGAAUGGCUGGUUGAUAAAAACAGUAACAAAAUCAUUCGCAGUAUAUGCUGCUACUGCUACAGAGAAACAAGAAUGGAUGGCUCAUAUAACAAAAUGUAUUGAAGAUUUGUUAAGAAAAAGUGGUAAAAAGCCUGUUGAAAUUCAUGCAGCUGUAUGGGUCCCAGAUAAUGAGGCAACUAUUUGUAUGCACUGUAAUAAAACACAGUUCACAGUUUUAAACAGAAGGCAUCACUGUAGACAAUGUGGAGCAGUAGUUUGUGGCCCAUGUAGCAAUAAAAAAAUGAUUUUACCUGGUCAAGGUAAUGGCAAAGCAGUGAGAGUUUGUUUGCAAUGUUUUGAUGCUGCGAGUAAAGUAAAAGCAACAAGACCAUUAAUGGAAGACAAUAAAGAUCAGCGCAAUUCUGCAGAUAGCUCAGGUGGUGAUAGCUCUGGCGAUGAUGAUAAUACCGUUAACAAAGAGGAGAAUCACGAUGAGCCGAAGUUCUAUUCGAGUCUGGCACGGUGAAUAAGAGUACAUUUAUAACUUGAAUAAAUUUGGACAAUCAUUGCAAAACUACAGAGAUCUUGGAAAAUAAUAAUAACUUACGACAAGCGCUGUUGUAAAAUAUCAUUUACUGAUAUUUUUAAAUGUAUGUACAAGUUAUUUUUAUAUAAGCGACUAAAUUUGUACAGAGGUAUUAUAAAUUUGUUACAAGUAACUGAGAGAUAAAAAAGAUAACGCUUUGUACCUAUUUUUAAGAAUGCCACUUUGUGCCUUUUUGGAGUAGAUUGCUUCAUAUAUGUACUAAUUAAAUUUUACACAGGUUUUCCAGACAAGUCAGAAAUAAUUCUAUCUCAAUAUAAUCUGAUUUUUACAUUUUAUCCAAAGAAUUAAAAAAUAUUUUGAUAGAAAAAUUUGAAAGUAUUCUCAUAAGGUUUUUUAUACCAUGCAAAGUUAGACUUCAUUUCUUUUGUAACCAAUAAAAUAUACGUUUUAAUGCAACGAAAGACUAAGCAACUUGUUGGUCAAUUUUUGUGUAACUUUUAGAAUAUUAAAUGGUUAUUAAAACGGUAUAUUUUUUGGUUCAAUAUUGAAGAACAACUUUUAUAAUCGUAAAGUACAUGUAACUUUUGUACAUUUAAUGAU